AUGAAAACCCUCCUGCUACUCUUCACCUGGUCGCUGAUCUCAGGUGAAUGUCAUCAAGACUCCAUCAGAGUGACAGCUCAGUUAGGGGCAUCUGUAACCCUCACCUGUAGAUAUCCUGAGAUCUACACAAACAACAACAAAAGCUUCUGCGUCCAUGUGGGCGACUCUUGUAGGACUCUUGUGUCAUUGGAACAUACAUCAAUAGAGGCAAGAACAGGAAGAUAUUCACUGACCUACAGCAGAGAGGAAAGGGAUUUGAGUGUCACCAUUGAUGGACUCAUGAAGAACGACUCAGCUGUAUACUCGUGUGCAGCCAGAACUGGAGGGAGAAACAUCACACCAGUUAUAAUAGUUGUUGUCUAUGUGAUGGCAAAUACAGCUGGAAGUGUACAUCUUAGAUGUCCAUAUAGCCAUGGUUAUGAACAAAGACCUAAACACUUCUACCGGGGAGAAUGUUCCCAUGAUGGCUCUCCUAAACAGAAAGACCUCCUCAUUCAGACCAAUCAGAACAACAUCCUCAUCACUGGAGGGAGGUACUUUCUCUAUGACAACACCACAGCUAGAGUCUUAACUGUGACCAUCACUAACCUGACAGCAGAGGAUUCUGGGAAAUACUGCUGUGUUGUGAAGAGAGAGCCGCUGACUGACAUUCAGACUGACCACCUGCUCAUUUUUGAGGAAAAUAUGACCUCUUCGGAAAUCAUCUCUAGUUGGCAGAACCAUAACGUGUCCUCUGUGAACAUGACUGUGUUGUCAGUAACCGGAGCAGCAAUAUUUAUAUUCUCACUCUUCAUCAGCAUCUUCAUCAUCUACUUGUGGCAAACCAGAGCAUCCACAGGCUCUUUCUCCGUCCGGACAAACAGGAAGUGCGGUGACCAAUCAGAUGAGAAGGCCUCAGACCCCGUACCCAACACUGUAUAUGCUGUUGCUGUGUUCCCCAAAACCACGUGUGAGGAGGACUCACCCUACUCACUGGUUCAGCAUCACAGACCAGAUCCAGUCGACGCCGUAUAUUCCUCUCUGCAGUUCCCGAAACACACUCCCAGUUCCCCUGAGGCUGAGGUACCCACAAGAAAUCUGUAUGCCAGUUCUCAACCUUCUUCAGUUUCUGAAAAUGGUAUGUCACCUGGGAACACAAAUCUUACAUGACUGAAAGGAUCCAUCCAGAGCCAUAGAAAGAGAGAUUUUGUGACACUCUUUGAUGUCGCCGCCACAUGAUCAAAAGUUCCAUAACACCUUUGCUGAAUGGCUGAAUCGCAGAAGGGUGGGAUGUCUUAUACUGACCAAGAGACUGGCUGUUUGUAAUUUCAAAACUCCCAUAUCCCGGAAACUAGCAUGGGAAAGCGCUGCCAUUUUUUUCCCAUGGUCUCUUAUGGGAGUGUCGCCACUCUGUUUUCUCUGGAUCCAUCAUACAGUAAAUUCUUCUUUGGUGGAAAGUCUUUGUUGAAUUAAUCUCUUUGUGACUCGCUCAUCAUCUUGUUUAUUCACUUACAUAUGUUUUGAGGUAUGUUAUGGGUGAUGUUUUGUGCUUCCAGCACAAUGGUUUGAUUGAUUUCUGUCAGUGGUUGUGUGCCUCUGAUUCACAUCUGUCAUAUCAUUCUGAAAUUAGUCAGCAAUCGAGAGUGAAAUUCAGCACAUAAUAGGGCCCACACUGCUAUGCAACACCUGACACUUUCUAUUUUGCGGUGAACAAUUUGUUUCUCAUUGGAAGCUACGGAGUGGUGAUAAAUUAAUGUACAAAGAGAUUUUGUGAAGUUUCUAUUCCUUGUUUUGGCAAGGAGCCAUAUAACAAAUAUGAUAAUGAGUGAUCGAUCGAUGGUAACGUGGUAAUGGUGCUUUUUUAAGCAUGUAUAGGGAUAACUAUAUUGUGUGGCGGAAUAACAAUUGGGAGCACUUGCAGUAGACUCGGCGCGGUAAUAUCCUCACUCCAAAGUGAA